UUACUCAUCUUUUUUUGGAGUGAGUGUAUAAAUGAGUGGGAGGAGAGUGGAGUUCAGCAGACGGAGGAUUUUACUGGGCCAGGGCACACACUGAAGAUGUUUGUUGAUAAUUUAAUGAAGAAGGAGGUUUCUCUCUGCGUCUGUGUUCAGGUUCUGUUAUUCUGUGCAGUGAUGUGUGUGAGACAGAGAGGAGAACCGUGUUCACACACAGAACCAUGUCAGAAGGAGCUGCGCUGUCACUACAUGGGAGGAAGCAGGAACAGGACCGGAGUGUGUGAUGCUCCUGAUGCAGACUCCUGUGUGAUGGGCAGCUCGGUGUACCACAGCGGAGAGACGUUCUUCCCGAGCUGCAGUUAUCAGUGUGUGUGUCGCGGUGGACAGAUCAGCUGCGUCCCUCGCUGUAACCUGGACGUGAUGCUCCCGGGGCCAGACUGUCCAUUCCCACGUAAGGUGCAGGUUCCAGGAGAAUGCUGUGAGAAGUGGGUGUGUAACGGCCAGGCCAAGGUCAGCGUGCUGGGGGGCGUGGCCAUGGCGGCAUACAGACAGGAGGAGACACUGGGCUUCGAUCCCAGCUUGGAGUGCAUGGAGCAGACGACCGAGUGGAGCGCGUGUUCCCGUUCCUGCGGGAUGGGUGUGUCCACACGUGUGACCAAUCAGAACCGACGCUGUGAAAUGGUGAAACAGAGCCGCUUGUGUAUGGUGCGUCCCUGCCACGCCCUCAAAGAGGAAGCUGAGCCUCAGGAAGUGGGGGGGUGUCUCAGUAUGAUGCAGAGUCCCAGACCUGUCCACUUCACCUUCAGGAAUUGCUCAAGCGUGCAGGCAUUUCGUCCUCGAUUCUGCGGCCAGUGUUCAGACGGCCGCUGCUGUACGCCUCACGCCACCAAGACGGCCCCCGUGAGCUUCCGCUGUCCGACCGGAGCCACACUCAAGAGACCCAUCAUGUUCAUCCGUACCUGUGCAUGUCACCGUAACUGCCCGGACGAGGACAGGGUUCCACAGCACGGUCCUGAGAUCGGACGCUCCGCCUUCCUCACACGCUGAAGUCAUGUGGAGAAACAUAAAGACUCUUUUACCUGACAGUAGACAGGAGAAAUCUCAACAAAAACACAAACUCUUGAAUCCUGUCCUGGUCACGGCACCAUGAGUCAAUAAUUCACACAAAUCUCACUAAUCUUAGAGGCUUGCCUUCAGUUAAUCACAGAGAUCAGUUUAAAGGAACAGCAUUCUCUCGUAGUGUAGCGUCACAGUUUUCUGUGAAUUUUAUUCUGACUGUAAAGCAACACGGCUUUGUAAUUUUAUUUAUUCACUCUUAUAAACAGCUUUAAAAUAUAUAAAAUGAAUCGUUCUGGUCAGUCUGAUCAUUCCCCAAGUCGUGUUUUCUUGUCCAGAAAUGAUGAACAGCACCACCUGUGUGUUUAAAGUGACACAGGGUUUUUAUUUCAGUAUCAGUCAUCCCUAAACAUACACAAACUGACCACAGCUCUCCAGCAUGAAGGAAAAAGUCCCAGGUGUUGGAAUCAGUGAUUUGCUCUCUCUAGUUCUAGACGUUUCUUUCAAACAGGAAAUGACAUUUCUGUCCUCUCAGAAAGCGGGUCUUCUCUGAGCUGGUCCACACUGACUUCUUAUUCUUAUCCCUAAUGUGGUGAUUCAUUCUCUGGAACUAGGGAAGGUUUAUAUUAAUGCCUUUUGUUCUGAUUUCUUAUUGUUUCUAUAGCAACAGCUUAUGUGGCAGACACUUGGCUACUCGUCUUUAAACGAAACGUGUAAGGAGAUGUUUAUACGAGUGUUUAGAGCUGCUCUAAUGUAACUGAGAACACAAACUUUGUUAAUAAAUAAAUGCUCAUUUAUUUUAGUACAGAGAAUAAAACACUUGUGGACAUGCUG